AAUUACGAUAAUAAAUGAAUAUUGUAUAAACAUCUUGCAUACAACUAUUAAAACUAGGUACUAUCCCAAACCACGUAGGUGUGAUUAUGGAUGGUAAUCGGUAUUUUAUAAGUUAGAUGUAGACGAUAUGCUAAAUAAAUGAAAAUGGAACCAACAGAUGGUCAUAUCCAAGGAUAUUAAUCAUUCUUGAAUUUAUUGUAAUGGGGUUAAAAAUUAGGAAUAAAAGAAAUUAGUGUAUUUGCUUUUAGCAUUGAAAAUUAUAAUCGAUAAAAAGAUGAAGUUUAAUUUCUUAUGCAUUUAAUGAAAUCAAAAAUGGACCAUUUACAUAAAGAUCUUAAUUUUAUUGAUAAAAACUAAGUUAAAGUAAAAUGUUGUGGAGAUCUUGAUAUUUUACAAGAUUAAGAAUUAAAAUCAAAAUUAAUUGAACUUGAAAAUCAAAGUUCCAAAUAUUCUUAAUAUAAGUAAUUGUUUUUUUCAAAAUUAUUUUCUAGAUUAAACAUUUGUUUCUCUUACAAUUUCACAAAUGAACUAGAUAAAGCCAUUUAAAAAAUGCCUAAAGGAUUAAAUAAAAAAGAUUUUUUCUAGGAAUUAAAUUCUCAUUUAAUGGUACCUAAUUCACCUGAUAUUCUCUUAAGAACUUCUGGAGAAACGAGACUUAGCAAUUUCUUACUUUAUUAGAUAAGAGAAAAAACAGUAAUUCAUUUUAUAGAUAAAAAAUGGCCAGAACUAUCAUUUCUAGACUUUUGUAAUAUGAUUUUAUUCUAUAGAAAAAAUAAAAUUUGA